AUGGACUACAAAUGUAUCAAUCUGCUGCAGAGAGUAGAAGCUCUACAAGGAUCCUGUGUUUUCAUACCCUGCACAUUUGACAUCGAUCAACAGUUUAACAGUUACCUCACAGAUAGUGCAAAGAGAAUAUGGUUUAAGGGUGUAACACCAGUGUUUGUCUCCAGCAGCCCCAACACUGGACUGUUAAAAGGAGUUGAAGAUGAUAAAUUGCGGUAUAACUACAAAGAACCUACACACUCCCAAGUUCAAAUUGCCGUCUUAGGAUCUCCACCCAAACCCACACUGUGGGUCUUUAAGGAUCAGCAGGAGGUGAUGAAGAUGAUGGAGGUCAUGGAGGGAAGUUCAGUGAGUCUGCGCUGCUCUACUAAGAUCUUCUGUCCGUCUCGUCCACCAUCUCUCAGAUGGAGCUCAUCUCUCAAUGAGAACGUCACAGAACAGCCGUAUCAGAACCAAACUGAGCUCAUCUCUGAUCUGAACUUCACUGUUUCUCACCGUCAUCAUAGAAUCACUUUCACCUGCACUGCAACACACCAGCUACAGCAGCCGAGCACAACACAAGAGUCCCGGAUGCUACUAGUUCAGUAUGCUCCUAAAAACACAUCAGUGAGGAUAAAUCCAGCUGGUUUAGUUCUAGAGAGUCGUUCAGUGACUCUGAGCUGCAGCAGUGAUGCAAACCCAGCAGUGAACUACACCUGGUACAGAGACACUGAAAGACCUCUGAAUCCAGUUCAGACCGGACCAAACCUGACCAUCAACAACACCGAGCCGACACACAGCGGACGAUACUACUGUAGAGCUGAGAACAAACACGGCACUCAGAGGACAUCAGCGCUUCUGGACGUCCAGUAUGCUCCUAAAAACACAUCGGUGAGGAUAAAUCCAGCUGGUUUAGUUCUAGAGGGUCAUUCAGUGACUCUGAGCUGCAGCAGUGAUGCAAACCCAGCAGUGAACUACACCUGGUACAGAGACACUGAAAGACCUCUGAAUCCAGUUCAGACUGGACCAAACCUGACCAUCAACAACACCGAUCCAACAGACACUGGUUUAGUUCUAGAGGGUCGUUCAGUGACUCUGAGCUGCAGCAGUGAUGCAAACCCAGCAGUGAAUUACACCUGGUACAGAGACACUGAAGAACUCCUGAAUCCAGUUCAGACCGGACCAAACCUGACCAUCAAUAAUACAGACACGACACACAUCGGAAGAUACUACUGUAGAGCUGAGAACAAACACGGCACUCAGAACACAUCAGUGCUGCUGGACGUCCAGUAUGCUCCUAAAAACACAUCGGUGAGGAUAAAUCCAGCUGGUUUAGUUCUAGAGGGUCAUUCAGUGACUCUGAGCUGCAGCAGUGAUGCAAACCCAGCAGUGAACUACACCUGGUACAGAGACACUGAAAGACCUCUGAAUCCAGUUCAGACCAGACCAAACCUGACCAUCAAUAAUACAGACUCGACACACAGUGGACGAUACUACUGUAGAGCUGAGAACAAACACGGCACUCAGAACACAUCAGUGCUGCUCGACGUCCAGUUUGCGCCCAAAAUCUCCAGCUCUUGUAGCCAAAACAGCGUAAUGGCGUGUGUCUGUGAGGCUCAUGGGAAUCCCUGCCCUACACUAGAGUGGCGACUGUCUGGACAUGUGCUCGCUAACUCUACAGAAACCUACAUCAGUGAGGAGAUGUUAGGAAGCACAGGAGUAAAGAGCGUCCUGACCAUCCAUCAGUCCCUCACGGACACGGACGUCCUGCAGUGUUUCAGUGCAAACAUUUACGGCAGCGCAAGUCAACAGUUUCAGGCCAUCCCACCACCACAAAAGACAAGUUUCCAUCAUCCAUCGGUGCUGCUCGGAGCUGCUGUCGGCAUGUCAGUGAUGAUGAUCGUGUGCAUCACGAAGCUCUGCUAUGAACGGAAAGAAAAACCUUUAGAAACCAGACAAGACAACACAUCUGGACUCAUUCUGACUCAAACGGCCAUUGCUCUGGAUAAUGACGGUCAGUUUGUUAACGCCAAUAACGGCAUGCUGUCAUCCACUGCACCGAGUGCAACUGAAUCGCUUCAUUAUUCCUCCAUCGACUUCACAAACACUGAACCACCGCCAGGAGAGAUCAGGGGCAUCGCCUCACUGACCAGUGAAUACGCUGCGGUCCAACACCGUCCUGCAGGAGCCGCAGACGCAGAGAACAACACCUCAACAUCUGAGACAGAGCCCAAAAAACAAGACAUGACAGCAGAGAUCACAGACACAUCAGAAGACAUGAUUUAUGAAAACACGAGACAUCACUACAGACAGAAGGAACCGCUGGUCAGAUGA